CAUAUUUGCAGAAAGCAUGUCAACUCUAGACACUUUCUAUUUUCUGAUUGCGUUGUUGUGGAAGAAAACUGGGUGACAGAAGAAAUUUUUGAAAAUAUAUUAACAUUAAUUAAAGUUUUUGGAACUAAGAACAUAGAAAUAAGUAGAAAACUCCUGUGAAUUACAAGUGUUAGUGGCUGUGUGCAAGGAGGCGCUAACCACGAAUAACGGGACUAAACACUUGCAGUAACUGCAAAAAAAAGUCAAGGGAAAAGAAAAAAAAAAAAAAAAAUCGAAGAAUCCCCUAGCGAUGGCUGAUGUUGAAAAAUUGACAGCCGCACCAGCGACUGAUAUACCUGUCUCAUCUAUAAAUGCCAACGACACGGGAACAGUGAGCGGUAGCGCAGCCGAUCUGGGCACCUCGCCCACACAGGAGCCCUCAAGCAAUUCGCAUCCCCAUGACUCCGAGUACGACACAGCCAGUGAUCUGGAGGGUGAUUACGACGAUGAUGAGAGCGACAGCGAGGAGGAGACGGAAACCGACGACGACGAAACCGAGGAGGAUGAUGAUGAGCUUGGUAGCGGUACCGUUAGCGGUAAUGGGAUCGAUCGCAGCGGGGCCGACAGCGAGGCACAGAAGAAAGUUGAUGAGGAUCGCAGCAAUCCUCAAUAUAUACCAAAACGUGGCACCUUCUAUGAACACGACGACCGCACUGCCGAAACGGAGGCUGAUGGCAUUAUAGAUACUGGCAACGAUGGUGGCCCAUGUCCACCGGGUGUGGAGCCCACUGGCGAUGAUGUGUCCAAUGGCAACACUGCCACAGGCUCCACGCCGGCCGGACAGACGCCAACCAUAUCACAGGCCUCGAAAACCAUGAAGAAAUGGCAGCCAGCUUCGGGCGGUGAUCGUUGGUCCCACGAUCGUUUCGAGGCCAGCGAGCAGGCGCCCAAAACUCGAGCAGAGCUGCUGCAAUCCUAUGGAUACGAUAUACGUAACGAGGAUGCGGCGCCGCGUGCCCGUCGCCGACGACGGUAUGGGCGCGGACCUAGCAAAUACUCUAGAAACUGGGAGGAUGAGCAGGCGUAUCUGAAGGCCAGCAACAAAGAACGCAAGCCGCCCCGACCCCAGGACUUCCCGGCACUCAACGAGCGCAGCAGCACAUCCAGCAGCAACAACAAAGUGCGCCGACCGCGCAGCUCCAUUUCGCGCGAGGAGAAGGAGAAUCGCGGCGAGCGACGCAACAAUCAUGCUGCCACUGCAGCUGGCGCUGCCAACGAGAAACAGCACCCCACUGGCUCAGGAUCCAUGGCGGGAGGCAAGUCGCAGGAGCCGCGUGAACGUGAGCCCAGGCAGCGCAACUAUGGACGCGCCAAUGGUGGCCACAAUGCCAACGGGCGACAAAAUGCCAUGGAGUUCAAGCAGAAGUCGAAUCGUGGUCAGCAGCAAAAGCAGCAACAGCAGCAGCCACAACAGCAGCAGCAGCAGCAACAACACAGGCAACCACAGCAGCAGCAGCAGCAGCAACAGCCACAACAGCAACCACAGCAGCAACAACAACAACAACAACAGCAGCAGCAGCAGCCUCAACAACAGCAAAAGCAUCUGCCAUUGGUCACAUCGAAUCUAUCACAUCGUUUGCAGCAGGUGCAGCAGCGUAACGAUCCUAGCCAUGUGGGCAGCGUGCAAAUGCACUCCCUGGCCACACAGAACCAACAGCAGCAGCAGCAGCAGCAACAGUUGCAUCUGGCACAGCAGCAGCAGCAGCAGCCGCAACAAUUGCCAGCGGAGCAGCGCAGCGGGCCCAAGCGUUACUCCAGUCUGAGACGCAGUCAGCACGAGGCCACACAGCAACAGCAACAACAACAACAACAGCAGCAGCAGCAGCAUCAUCUACAACAGCAGCAGCAACAACAACAAUCGCAGCUAAUGCUGCAGGAUCCUCACAUGCUCAUGCAGAUCGCCUACCAGCAGCAGGAGCUGCAGGCGCAGCUGCAGACACUGCAGUUGGGCCCAGCACCGCCAGCUGCGGUGGCCGCGCCACAGUCCAAGCAGCAUGCGCCGCCCGCUGCAGCCUAUCCACAGACGCAGGGUGCGCCCUAUUAUGAGUCGGUGCCCGUGCAGGUGCCUGUGCCGGUGCAGGUGCCAGUGCCCGUGUCAGUGCCGCAGGCACCCUAUGUGAAUCCGGCCAGCAAUGCCUAUCUGCCGGCCACGCCAGCGGCCGUGGCCUAUGCCCAGGCUCAGUCGGCAGCCACGGUAGCGCCACAGGCAGCGCCUCAGGCGGCGCCGCCGCCGUCCACGCAGGCCGGCCAGGCCUAUCACCAGAAUUAUAAUACGGUCGGCGGCACCACAUAUUUCGUGCCGCCGGCCCAGACCACAACCCGCCCCGCUGUGCUGCCCCAGAGACGACCCACGAAUGCCAUACCCAUCCUGCCGCCAUCCGAGAAGCAUAAGACGCGCACCGCCAAGCCGGACGAGGCGGCUGGCGGCAGUGGCAGUGGCAGCGGCAGCGGCAGCGGUAGUGGCGACAACAUCGAUCACAUUAUUGAUAACAUGUUCGUGCAGCGCCCGGCCUUCCAGCCGCCGCCCGCCUCGGCAGCGGAGACACCCAGCGACGAUGGCAACAGCAGUGCAACUGUCGCUCAGCCAGCAGCCGUUGACCAGACCCACCUGGUGGCUGCGGUGCCCGGGCAAGAAUGAGUGCACGUUUAUGCUGAUCCGCGGCAGCAGCAACAGCAGCAGCAGCAGCAGCAGCGACACUUGCGCAGCCAUCAAGCACAGGAGGAACUGAUGUCCAGUGGCUACGCCCUGCUGCCGCCUCAGAUUAGCUACUAUCGUGCCC